AUGCCACAUCGUGGCACUGCUGCCAGACGCUCAUUAAAGGCAACGAGGCGGGUGAGCAAAGCAUAUCUCAAUGAUCUCCACGAUCGAUUAGCUGCCUUCCAGCAUAAGGCUAACCUGCCUCGCUCUCCUACCUCGACGCCCGAUGACCCUAGCCAGCAUGCGGAUACUGCUAUCAUAGACCAACAUCUCGUAGCUGAGGAUACAACAUUACCAGAGUUGCAAGCCUCGCGAUCAUCACAUAGUAGGCGAGGACAACGCUUACCGUCCCAAGAUGUUGCUCCUGGUCAAGCGGCAAGAGCUCACGCGAGAAUGGAGGCAACAACACCUCUUACAAACCCCCUCGCGUUUCACAUAAUGGACUGGGUCCCUGGUCCUACGGGCCGACCAGUAUUCAUGGGCACAUCGUCCAGCUGGGCCUUCAGCCGGCGAGUGUUAGGGAUGACGCACGAGCGACUCACCGGAACCCCACUGGCGCCAGAUCCUGAAUGCCUGCUAUUUGACAACCAUGUAUACCGCCUCAAUUGGGAUGGUACUCGGUCUAAAAAUGCAAAGAAUAUAUUUGAAGUCUCCCACCUGCCUUCGCCGGAUUUUGCUAAGUAUCUCAUCAGCUCUGUGAAGUUUCACUGCGGGCAGCUAUUCUAUCUCUUCGAGGAGGACCGCUUCAUGCAGCAGCUGGAGGUGUUCCAGCGGAAUCCCGCAGAGCAAGCCCAGGCCUCACCGUUAUGGUUCGCACACUACCUGCUAAUUCUCGCCUUUGGAAAAAGCUUUGUGGUUCAGAGCGUCAGGUCGCAGAGUCCCCCGGGGGCAGAGCACUUCAUCCAAGCGAUGCAGUGCAUGCCGGACUUGAACUUGUUUGACGGCGAUCCGAUCGAGAUGGCGCAAGUCCUAUGUUGCGCGGCGCUCUAUCUUCAGUGUGUGCACCGGCGCGGGCCCGCUUACCGUAUGAUCGGGACUGCCCUCCGCUGGGCCCUUGAGCACGGCAUGUACACUGGAAUGCGCGGGCCUUAUCUCGACGAAGCAUACGUCCAGCGCUGCAGCCUGGUGUGGUGGACAGUCUAUGCCCUCGAGCGUCGGAUGUCCUCCCUGCUUGGGGUACCGAUGGGGAUCUCCGAGGAGAGCAUCAGUGUUUCAUUUCCGUCGAUCUCAGGGCAGAUCCAGGGUGUCAAUGUACUGGAGAUGCAAGUGAUGCUCUGCCAGAUUCUGGUAAAAGUGGACUUGACUGUCUACGGCAGCGAAGGGAAAUUAGAUAGCCGCUACCUGAGCGCCACCCAGUCCGUUCUCCGCGACAUCGCCAAAGUCACCGAGCAGCUGAACCGGUCGUUCGAUUUGUACGCGAGCGGCGAAAUGGGCGGCAUCUCACGGAUUUCUGCACAUUUGCAUCUUCUAGAGCAUCAGUGCAUAAUCCUCACCACAAGGCCCCUCCUCUACAUCUUCCUCCAAUCCAAACUCGGCCACUCUGACCCAUCUCUCCUGGAUUGGCUAAAGUCCGGGACCGUCCACUCUCUCCUACAUAUCUGCCUGGAAUCCGCCCAACAGAUUCUCAGGAUCCUCUCCAAUCUCCUGGAGCAGGGACUCUUAGAAACAUUCCUCCCCUUCGACGUGGACGCCACCUCCAUCUCCACGAUGCCCCUCAUCAUGGCCGCGGCCAUCGACCCCUCGCUUCUGUCAGACCACACCCCCUGGUCGCAGCGCGCCUACGCCAUCUUGGACGAGAUGCACCGGCGGGGGAAUCUGGCGGCAAAGCUGGUCGGGGCGGAGCUGAGGCAGCUCGACACCGAAUUAGGCCAGCUGGUGAAUGGUGGUCAUUUGGCUCUAGCUAUGCCGGGGACUGAAAUGUGUCCGCUGCCGACAGCGCAUGAGGGGGGUCCAGUGGUGGUGGACCCGGGCAGAGGGGCGGUUGUGCCGCCAGUUGAUGAUCCAGCGGGGUAUGCUACGCAGCAGCCGGGAUUGGAGCUCGGCUUGGUGGAUGGGUUCACGCAGCAUUACGAGCUGAGCCCCGACCAGUUGCUGGAGUUGGCGAACUCGUUGGAUGUGAAUAGUCUGGCGUGGCCGUUUGCUGAGUUUACGCAGAUAACUGGCAGUUAA